AUGGUUCAGCAACAAAUUAAUGAACAAUUAAACAAAAUGUUCAAGUGGACUCUAUCUUCAAAUGAAAGUUCUGAUGAGACAUUGAGACAAGGAACCAGCCAGAAUGCACAGUGUCUGUCGGUUUUAGAGAAAAGGGAAGAAAGUGAUAUUUAUUCUUCAGUUUUAUCUAUUAUCAAACUAAUACAUCAAAACAUUGAAUUGAAAAAUACUAUUUUACUUACUGGUAGUAUGAAGAAGUUUCCAAUUGAAGUUUGGUGGAUGUUGAACAAAGAUAAUGUAUAUACCAUUGAAAAUUAUAUCAAAAGAUGUGAUGAGAAUAGUGCUCAAGAAGUAUCUGAAGAAUUAUUCAGUUUAUUAGAAGGAGAUUCUGGUACUAGAGAUAUUAGACAACAGAUAGUUACAGACUUUACUGAUAUAUUAGUGAAGAUUGCCUUUCCUGAAAAGAAAAGUGAACAUCAAGUUCCUCUCAAAAGGAUGUGUAUGAAGAUUUUAGAUGGAGUCACAAAAGGAGUGUUAUGCCAAAUGAAAGAUUUUACAGAAGGGACGAUAUUACACACCUUCCCACCAACUGAUGCUUUGAAACAAUCAUAUUAUAGAAAAUACGCCAUUCAUACACUCUCAUUUACUAUGAGUUAUUUACCUAAUAUGAAAGUGUCUCAAGCGCUACAGAAUCAGGGAGAAUGGAAGUCUGCUAAAACCAAUCCAGUUCGAAUUCAACUGUAUAAACAGCUAAUGUUAGUAUUCGAAGCCAGAGAAGUAUUAGAUAUUUUAAAUAGAAUUCUGGAAAGACAGGAAGUCAAUUGGGAAAAUGUUUUGUCAUUUUUAGCCACAUUUUUAGUUUGUUUUAAAGAUGCUUCAUCACUAAUUGAAGACCAUGUGAAAAGAUUGUUGAGUGAAGGACUAGAAAAAGGUGAUAUGGAAAGUACUAUUGUUGCUUUCUUUUUGAUCAGACAGAGUUGUCUAGAGGGUCCACAUGUUUUUCCAUCAUACCAAGAUUGGUUUCAGCAAACAUUUGGAGAUUCUGGAAGAACUGUGGCAGAGUCCAAGAAAGCUUUCAGUUUCCUGAUGAAGUUCUUGACUGAUGUAGUGCCAUAUGAAUUGGCAGUAUAUUUAAAGGCACAUGUAUUAAAGCCGCCAUGGUCACCAGUUAAAUGUCGAGAUUUGUUAUCAGAUUAUAUUUUACUUGCUAAAACAAGACUAGCUGAUUUAAAGCAACCAAUAGGCAGUGAAGAUAGGUAUAAUGAAACUGGACAUAUUGUCACAGCUAGACAAAAGGAAGAACAGGCUGAACAACAUGUCCUAAAAGCAUUGAGUGGUUUUGAAUCAACUGGAAAAAUUCCUGCAUCUGUUAUGGAGGCCAGUAUUUUUCGGAAGCCAUAUUUUGUGGGUCAGUUCUUACCAGCUUUACUUAAACCAAGACCAUUACCAGAUAUACCUGAUACUAGAAUGAAGUUUAUGAAGUUGUUACAUAAAGCAGAUAAAAUAUCUAAUACACUGUAUAAUCAGUAUGUAUCGAACUGUCAGAAAGCAGCACAGAAAUUAUUACAAGGUGUGUUUAAUAUCAGUGAUAAUGAAGACAACUGUAUGGGUGAUGUUUCCUUACCACCAGUUGAACAGCUUAAAUACCGGCUAAAUCAACUUAAAGAUACACUAGAAAAUAAUACACACAAUAAAGUGAAUGAGGUUUUAUCUCAUAUCAGUGAUAAAAUAGAACUUAUUUUGAAUAUUGAUCAGAAACAAUCAGAAAACAGUACAGAUAGUGUUACCAUAGUAACAAUUGAUACUGAUUAUCCUCAAUUACAGCCAGUAUAUGUAGAUGUUGUUGAUACAAUUCUUAACUUUAUAUGUAAAAUGGUCUAUAGUGACAUACAAUGUAACAGGCAAUCUGAUUGGUUAAAGGGUUUAUUAGCAAUAUUAAGCCAACAUCGGCCAUUGGUUAAUCCUCUGAUUACCAGAAUAUUAGUAUUGCUUACAAGUAAGGACUCGAGUCUUAAAGAGCAUCAUAUACAAGGUCUGUCUAGUAUAUUCUGUAUGAUGAUGUCUGAGGGAUGUCAAUUUAACACUGUUCUUGUUAAGGAUUGUUCAUGCUCUAUCCCCCCAUCUGAUAUUUUACAUGUUAUAUUAAAAAGAAUGGAAACUAAAGUUCCUCCUGCAUUAUUGUUAAGAUUUUUAAGCAGUUACUUACAGUUUGGUUUUUAUAAUAAUUGUUUUGUUAAUGGUUGUAAUGAGAAGUUGCUCAAAUCGUAUAUGUUAGUAUGUUGGAGAUAUAAGAAAUGUUAUGAUAAAACCAGUUAUAAUGAUAACUGUGAUAUUACUAUGACUGUAUAUAAUUCAACACUGUUUCAAGACCUAGUCAAGGACAUACAGAUAACCAUAAGAGAAUGGCUAGAGUUUGAAUCCAAUGUUUACGGCAAGGAUGAACUUUCUGAAUUGCAAAGGUAUGAAUACCAUUCUGAUAUUAUUUACAAUCACUUCCUUCGAGAUUAUGAUGCUGUCGCUGUGGCAUCAGAACUGUUCCAGUGCUGUUUAUUAUUACAAGACAGUGGUACUAUAUGUGAUAUGUGUUCAAGAUCAGGGGAUGGUCAUUCUGUUAGUGAAUGGAAUAACUUAUUACAGAGUAUAUUACCUUUGCUACCAAGUCAAAAAGAUGAUGAUGAACCAUGGGCUAUUAGACAAUGGCAAAAAUAUAUUGGUGAAAGUUCUUCUGAUAAGCGAUGUUUUCAAACGUUGAUAUUCAUAAGGUCAAUAAUGAAAUUUCCUAGCCACUUAUUAUUUGUAAACCAUACCUUCGAUGUGACACCAAAUAUGGUUUCAGCUGCAUUGGAAUUUCUGAAAAAUCAUAUGAAGGAACAUAUAAAUGAAGGAUGUUAUUUCACCUUGCCAUUCACAGUUUACAUAUUACAGGGUCUUAUAUCUGUAAGUCAGUUUUUAGAAGAUAGAAAAAUAUUACAACAAAUAUCAUUACAGAAUAUAUUUCUUGUUUCUUUUGUGGUACAUUGGAAACAUAUCCAGCAUUUGUGGUCAAAAUUAAAUCUUCCGCUUGUUAAUAUUUCAUCAUUUGAUAUCGCAACAGACACAAGGGUGGUUUUAGAAGAAAAUGGUUUCUCUUCUCUGCCUUCUAAAAGUGAGCUAUGUGUUGCAGCUUCUUUAUUCUCUAUACUUAUCAAAAGAAAAUAUAUUGAUGUUGAAGCAGUGAUGGAACAGAUAACUCUGAGCCUUUCAAAUCAGACUGCUGUAAACCUUUUAGAUAUGAUUCUGUGCUACAGUGCAGUGAAUAGUGUUUCAGAGAUUGAUAGUUGUGAGAAUACUGGUAGAUGCAAAAAAGUGGUUAAUUUCAUUAUAAGCAGAGCACCAUCUGUAUUUCCUGUUAUAUUUACUGAUUGUAUCAUUAAGCAAUAUUUAGCCUCAGCUGAAGCUAAGCGUUACUAUGAGUUUACUAUUUUGAGGAGUUUAUCUGAAUUAUCAGAUGAUAAGUUAAAACAUUUCCUUGAAGAAAAAAUGAACUGUAAACACAUUAUUACUUGUUUUUCUAAAAUCACUGAAAAAUUUGAUCAAGAUUCAAAGCAGCCUAUUGAUGAAAUAUUAGAUCACUGUAACUUUACUAAAAAAUGUUUAAAAAUGACACCACAGUCCCAUCUCCUGUUCAUAGACAAGAGUUUGGUUAAGAACUGUGGUAUUGAUGUAUAUAAUCUUUUUAUUUCCCUAAGCACCAGGUGA